AUGCUUCGAUCCGAGCGUGGACAGCCGGCCAUCGGCGCUCUGUGGCCUUUCGAUGCUGGAGCUGAGGUGGGAGAUAGCUCUCUUCUACGCACGUCGCGAACUGUCCGCUCCCUGAGCUCGGACUUCACGUCCGUCAAGUACAACCUUCUCUGUCUCCUGAACACUGCUGUUCUUGCCAAAUUCAGCGAAGCUGGCAACAUCACGACUUACCAAGUAAAGAAAGGGCUGUUGACAACGUACUUGGUGGCCAAUGGGGCAAAGCUUGCCCGUGUCUUAUCCGCCGAGAUACUUGGGCUCGAGGAGCUCAUCGGCACAGAGUGGGCCCGAUGA